AUGGACACAAGAAAUACCUUUUUACGGACUGCUGACGCAAUAUUUCAAUGGCCCUCAUCACUGCAGUUACGGUAAAUGGUGGAUACCCAUAAGUUUAAUGACAAAAUCUUCCUUAAAAAGAUCCGAUAAAAAAUGGUUAACACCGCAAAACCCGUCUUUACCUGUGAUUCAUGCUAAAGAUGACUGGAUAAUAGUCGACAUUCGGCAAGCAGUAUUACUAUCAGAUAUAACUUUACAGAUGUCGAUCGUGAGGAUCGGCACAAAAGAUGGACCUUUUCAUUGCUCUGAGGUUCUUGCCUGCGCACUAUUAAAGCUGCUACUACAGUAUAAGAAUGCGUCUAUAGUGAGAUCUCGAGAUCGGAGUGUCUUAGAUAACUGUGAUAUCGUAGUAGGUGUUGGCGGCGAGUAUGAUCCUCUCAGACAUCGAUACGACCAUCACGUGAGAGAAUUCCAGGAAUCAGUGAGUACUAUUGUAAAGAAAUCAGGGUACAAUUGGACAAAUAAAUUAAGCAGUGCGGGAUUGAUCUACUGCCAUUUUGGUCAUGAUAUAUUGAAGAGAAUACUUUCGGACGUAACCAAGGACGUACUCGAGGAUACAAACGUUGAUGAAAUCUUUAAGAUCAUUUACGAUACGUUUAUCCAGGAAAUCGACGCUAUAGAUAACAAUGGGCAAAUGUACGAUGCAGAGCCAUUUUAUCGAUCAACUACCGAUUUAAGCGCGCGCGUAAGCAGAUUAAACUUAUACCAGGAUGAGAAUAUCAAGACACAAUUUGAGAAAGCUAUAGCUUUGGCUCAGGAUGAAUUUUUGGAAAUUUUGCACGUCACAAAGAACAUUUGGUUACCGUCAAUUACAGACGUGCGACGUGCUGUAGAGAAUCGGUUCGAAGUUGAUUCGAGCGGAGAGAUAGUAAUGGUGCCACAAUCAUCGCGGUGCCAAAAUAUGUGGCGGUUUGUGUUUUAUUUGGCAGAGGAAAUGAACAUCUCGCCAUCAAUAAAGUACGCCAUUUCUAAGACUGAGAAUAGUUAUCGUAUUAAGUGUAUGCCGGUUAGUUCCGAGCGCGCAAUGUUAUUGCCGGAAGCGUGGGGCGGUUUGCAGAGUGAUGCCCUUGUAAAAGUCUGUGGAAUUGAAGGCGCUGUACGUGUAGAUUCCAAUCGGAAAACCGGCGUUCACAAAAUUAAGAACGGCGCAAUGGCUAUGGCACGGAAAGCGCUCAAAAUUGGGAAAAGUGUGCAAGAUCGGAAAGAGAUGGCACCACUUAGACAGCAAAAUUCUCUCCAGUCUGUACCGCAGGUGCCUCCGCAGCCUCUACAAGCAUCUGGUGUCAACUCUAUCGAACAGCAGCAACAGCAGCAGCAACAGCAACAGCAGCAACCUCAAAAUAAUGCUGGAGGUACUUUUCCGCCUUAG